AAGAUGGCGGAUGACAAGGAUUCUCUGCCCAAGCUUAAGGACCUGGCAUUUCUCAAGAACCAGCUGGAGCAACUGCAGCAGCGUGUAGAAGAAGAAGUCAACAGUGGCAUGGGCCAGGAUGGCUCGCUCUUGUCCUCCCCGUUCCUCAAGGGAUUCUUGGCUGGAUAUGUGGUGGCCAAACUGAGGGCAUCAGCAGUAUUGGGCUUUGCUGUGGGCACCUGCACUGGCAUCUAUGCUGCUCAGGCAUAUGCUGUGCCCAACGUGGAGAAGACAUUGAGGGACUAUUUGCGGUCACUGCGCAAGGGGCCCGACUAGCUCUAGAUC